UGCAGAUUUUCUGGGUAAUGGAGAUUUUGUGCAAUUACUCUCAAAAUCCAGUGGUUGGUUCGUCGAAAAGCAGUCACACGGAGCAUGAACCAGUCUCAGUAUCAGCCAAAGUGCAAGAUACCACUGCUUCUCAGCGACGAAAUAUCAAUUGCACGAGUUCAAAUAUCUUUAGUAGUCUUCAACACGCCCAUCUUCCUGUAGCCUCCAAUCCGAAUGUCUUAUUUAAGAACGAACUGACAGAAAAUUACUCCGACAAUUUGGCGCCGCGUAUAUCACCAUACCUUCUUGGGAUGCUCCAGUGCAGACCAGUUUCCUUACCUCUUACUCGGAACGUUGUGAAAGAGGGAUGGCUUAUGAAACGCGGCGAACAUAUUAAAAAUUGGCGACGUCGAUAUUUCAAAUUACGGGAAGAUGGGACAUUUUAUGGAUAUAAAAUUCAACCUAAAGAUGAUAUGGCGCAACCUUUAAAUAAUUUCACUGUUCGCGACUGUCAAAUUAUAUGUUUAAACAAACCAAAACCAUACACAUUUCUUAUUCGUGGUUUACAAUGGACCAAUGUAGUGGAACGUUUAUUCUUUGUCGAGACGGAAGCAGAAAGAAAUUAUUGGCUUAGCGCAAUUCAAAGCGUCGCAAAUCGACUCAAAUCAUCAUUUGAGCAGCCAGUAUCCGUACACAGUUUAGAUUUGGCUGAAAAUAUGAUCGUUGAUAUUCCUCAGAGGCCUGUGAAACGUUAUUCUGUAAAUGACUUCAGACUUUUAAAAGUUUUAGGGAAAGGUACUUUUGGAAAAGUGAUUUUGUGUCAAGAAAAUGAAACAGGUCAUUUUUACGCUAUGAAAAUACUAAAGAAAUCUGUACUUAUUGAAAAAGAAGAAGUUGUUCAUACAAUGACUGAAAAUCGUGUGCUACAACAAUGCAAACAUCCAUUUAUGACAGAGCUACGUUAUUCAUUUACUACACCUAAUUAUUUAUGCUUUGUUAUGGAAUAUGUUAAUGGUGGUGAAUUAUUUUUUCAUCUACAACGCGAUCGUGUAUUCUCAGAAGAAAGAGCUAAAUUUUAUGGUGCAGAAAUUACUCUGGCUUUAGGUUAUUUACAUCACCAGAAUGUUGUUUAUAGGGAUCUUAAAUUGGAAAAUUUAUUGUUGGAUAAAGAUGGUCAUAUAAAAAUCGCUGAUUUUGGUCUGUGCAAAGAAGACAUGUACUAUGGUGCAUCAACUAAAACAUUUUGUGGUACACCAGAAUAUUUAGCACCUGAAGUUUUAUUGGAUAACGAUUAUGGGCGUUCAGUUGAUUGGUGGGGCCUUGGUGUAGUAAUGUAUGAAAUGAUGUGUGGACGUUUACCAUUCUACUCAAGUGAUCAUGAAGUUUUGUUUGAAUUAAUACUGCAAGACAAUGUCUCCUUCCCAGCUCGUCUUUCACACCCAGCUCAAGAUAUCUUGUCUAGACUUUUAAUUAAAGAUCCAACAAGUCGACUAGGUGGUGGAGUACAGGAUGUUUUGGAAGUUAUGGCACAUUUGUUUUUUGCGUCAGUCGAUUGGGAUCGUUUAAUAAGAAAAGAUAUUCAACCACCAUGGAAACCAGACGUGGUCGAUGAAAAAGACACAAAAUAUGUCCCAGAUGAAUUCAAGGAUACGUCGGUCGAUUUGACUCCUCCAAACGAUGAUGAAGAUAAUAUGAAUCGAAUUGUCGAUGGACCAUAUUUUGAACAAUUCAGUUUUCAUGGAAGUCGACAAAGUUUGAAUAGUAGAUUUCUAAUAAUAGUAAAUUGUGACAGUAAGGGAAUUUCAAGCAACUGUGCAACUCAGAAAUGGGCUUCAUCUUUGAAGGCUGCAGUGUGUACAAAACAUCUUGUCGCGUCACCAACUUUCUCUCAGUUCAAUUAUGUUAUCUGUAGACAGUUUUCUAAUACCCCAUCAGACAAUUCUGUAAACAAUGUUUCUGAUUUAGUAAAAGGAAGUCGUAUUGUGCUUUUUAUGAAAGGGAAUCCCAGUGAACCACGAUGUGGUUUCAGCAAUGCUGUUUGUCGUAUCCUAGAAAUGCAUGGAAUUCUAGAAAAAGCAAGUAAAGGAGAUGAUCCAGAUCUGUUCGCAUCGUAUGAUGUCUUAGAGAAUGAAGACCUACGAGCUGCUGCUAAAGUGUUUGCUGACUGGCCCACUUUCCCUCAGUUAUAUUUCGACGGUGAAUUUAUUGGUGGUUGUGAUAUUCUUUUAGAUAUGCAUCGUUCUGGGAAACUGACGGAAGAAUUAGAACGUCUCGGUAUUGGGUCUGCUUUAGCUAAAGUAUCAGACAAAGAGAAAACAUGAUUGAUUAUCUUUUGAUAUUUUCAGUUUGUACAGUAUCCCUAUUUUCUGUUUGAUAAGAAUAUGUUAUACUGCAGCGCUGAUAUUUA